ACUACUUUUGAUUAAGAAUAGUUUUAGGAGUUGUUUUUGAGUGUCUUCUCUUGUGUUAUAUAGUCUACCAAGUUUAUUAUAAUUUAAAGUGAAUAAAACAGUGUAAACUAUGGAUCUAAUAAAUCAUCUCGAGCAAGAAAUCGCUGAAUUAAAAGACACUUUGCAGCAUAAAGAGCAAGAACUUUUUGAAAUCAAGCAAAAGUUAUUGCCGACAAAGCAGAGUAAUAUAGAGAAUGGUGGCGAUGAUCAAUAUUCUGGAAAUUCAACAAAGGUGCAUUUCGGUGACGCUUUACCCAAAUGGGCUAUUGAGAGGUACAGUCGGCAGAUCCUGUUACCAGACAUUGGUGUCCAGGGUCAAGAGAGACUCAUGGCUGCCAGGGUACUAAUAGUCGGCGCUGGAGGACUGGGAUGCCCUGCUUCUGUCUACCUUGCCGGAGCUGGAGUGGGAGAAAUUGGUAUUGUGGACUACGACCAGGUGGACGUUACGAACAUACACAGGCAGAUCCUACACUGUGAGAAAGACCAAAACUUGAGUAAGGCGCAAUCUGCUGCGAAUAGCUUGCGAAGUAUAAACUCAAAAAUCAAAAUAACUCCGUACGAUUUCGACCUGAACCCCUCGAAUGCCCUGGAAGUAGCCGGCAAGUACGAUUUAAUCCUGGACUGCACGGACAACGUCCCGACGAGGUACAUGCUGAGUGACGUCAGUGUCCUGGCGAAAGUGCCCCUCAUAUCUGGCAGCGCUCUGAAAAUGGAGGGGCAGUUAACUAUUUAUGGAUAUAGAGACAAAAGGAAUGUUGAGGAGCAAAGUUACAUAGGUCCGUGCUACCGCUGCAUAUUCUCUACCCCACCCCCACCAGAGGCUGUGGGCAGCUGUUCCGCCAAUGGGGUGGCGGGGCCAGUUCCCGGAGUCAUAGGAGCGCUGCAAGCUCUGGAGGCCAUAAAGCUGAUAGUGGGACAGACUCGCACCCACCUUCUGGUCGAGAAAAUGCUUCUGUUCGACGGCGACGACUCCACGUUCAGGACUGUAAAACUUCGUCCCAGAAAUCCUCUAUGUGAGAUAUGUUCGGAGUCUCCAAAAAUAACAAAAUUGCUCGACUAUGAAGUACUUUGUAAGAGUCAAGCUAAAGAGAAGGAUUUAGAUUUGCAUAUACUACCCUCGGAGAAUAGAAUCUCGGCGAAAGACUUAGCGAAGAGUUUGAACGCCAAAGAGCGCCAUCUGUUGGUGGACGUGCGCAGUGAGUCGGAGUUCAACAUGUGCAACAUAGAUGGCGCUGUCAACUAUCCCUUGGAGAAGUUGCAUAAAAAACAGUUUGACGAACUCUUGGCGAGGAUUAGAGAAUGUACUAGCUACGUAACUUUCAUAUGUAGGAGAGGCAACGAUUCGCAAGUGGCGGCCAAGAGAGUUCUGGACCAAAUCGAAGAUAAGCACCGAUCGAGGGUUAAGGAUCUCAGCGGGGGAUUGCACGCAUGGGCGACGGACAUCGACGCAGACUUCCCAGUUUAUUAGCUAUAAGUGAUUUUAGUUUGUUUGAAAUCUUUAUCGCGCACACACACACA